AUGGUUCGUUACAAAUGGUGGUACAGAUAUGGUUACCUUUCAUCUACAGGGGUAUCUUUUGGUAGCGGUCGUGCUACUCGUCAAUCUCUUCGUGAAUUUUCUAAGCGUCAGUAUAUUUUAAUGCGAGCAUUCAAUUUGAAGACUGAAAGUGAGGUUGAUCAUUUGUCAUUUCGGACAGUAAAGCGAGUAGCCAAUUUUGACGUCACUUGUGGGCGAUCUUAUGCUACCGGCAAUGGUGCUCUAAUGCGUCUUGCACCAAUACCGCUCUACUUCUUUAGAAACCCUCGAGUAGCAAUCGAACUCUGUGGACGAAAUUCACCUCUAACUCAUGGAAGCCGAUUAUCCAUGGAUGCGUGCCGUUAUUAUGGAGCUUUAAUUGUAGCAACACUUAACGGAGAAACAAAGCAACAAUUGCUAAGUAACAAUUUUUCUGAAGCUCAUCGAGCAUGGUUUGGUCGAAAAGGUCUUUGUAAACAAGUGCUUCGCAUAGCAUCGGGCUCAUAUAAAAGGCCUGGAGGUUACAGUAUGGGUAUUCGAGGCACUGGUUACGUUCUCAAGUCGCUUGAAGCAGCUUUAUGGGCUUUCUGGAGUGAUCAGAACUCGUUUCGAAACAGUGUGCUUGCCGCAGUAAAUCUCGGAGAUGAUGCGAAUACGACAGCUGCCAUUUAUGGUCAACUAGCAGGUUCUUACUAUGGUCAAAGUGAUAUUCCAUCCAAGUGGUUGAAAAUACUCUACGCUAAGCAGCUCAUAGUUUGUAUGAGUGAUUGGAUACACUUUCUCGGCUUAAAAACUUAUUUAUCACCGAUGAUUCAUAAGAAUAUGCACUAUCACGUACAAGUGCAAAUGCCAAAGGAUCAAUUACUUCAUUCUGUUGCUCUGUAUGGUGAAACCUUUAGACAAACAGUUCCUCGUCCAAUAAACUCAAUAUUCGACUAG